UACAAGCGAACAUUGACAGAGACGUUUAAUGCUUAUCCCAAUGCUCAGUAUAUGAUUAUUUUGGAAGAAGAUUUAGACGUAUCUGUGGACAUAUUUAGUUAUUUUAAUCAAUUUUUGCCUUUAAUGGAUACAGAUGAAAGUCUGUACUGUAUAUUGGCGUGGAAUGAUCAGGGUUAUGAUCACACAUGUAAUGAUCCUGCAAUGUUAUAUCGUGUAGAAACAAUGCCUGGUUUAGGCUGGUUGCUCAAACGACGACUUUAUAAAGAGAACUUGAGCCAAAAUGGCCAACCCUGA